GCGUACUAUAGUCGAGCCAACGAGAGAGUACUAUUGGGCGGCGACCAAAACUCAUCCGUUCUCGCGCAUUCCCACCACUAAAACUCCCUAACUGCUGGCCGCCGUCAACGCUGGCCGCCGACACCGAUGUCGCCACCAUCGCCGACGCUGCUGCCACCACCGUCGCCGCCGCCGACCAGGAAACUGUGACAGUGUUUGUAUACAGCGUGAACUAUAAUAGCAUCUCCGAUAUUUUAAACACAACAUUUUUGUUUUUUCGCGCACCCCGGUGUUUUAUACGGUUUUAUUUAACUUUUUUACGUUUUUUACUUAACAAUUGUUUAAUAGUUUUACGUAUAACAAUAAGUACAAUAUGGAUGUCGCAGCUGUGUCUCCUUCCAAAAAAAAUCCAUGUGGAAAAUUCAUCGGCACUGGUCAAAGAAAAAUUAUUGUCAAUUUAUAUAAGAAAAUAGUUAAACACCAGCUUGAAAAUCCUGACAGCCCUCGAAUGACCUUAAGAGAAAUGAUCGUCGAUAUCUCAAAAUCUUCGGGUAUUGGACAGCGGUCAGUUCAAAACAUAUUAUCGGAGUAUAAGAAUCAAGGAACAAUUACAUCGCCGAACAAGAAAAAAAUUCGACCUACAAUAAUCGAAAAAAUCGAUGAAUUCGAUAAAAAUGCAAUAAGACAGAAAAUACACAAUUUUUGGAGGAACCGCGAAGUACCAACAGUCGAUAAAAUGUUAAUCGCCAUUAAUGAAGAUGAAACACUUCCAAACAUUAAGCGGUCGUCAUUUCAAAAAGUGUUGAAAGAUUUACAAUUUCAAUACGUAAAAAAAAAACGUAAUAGUGCACUACUCGAAAGAGAAGAUUUAAUAACUUGGCGCCGAAGUUAUUUGGUCAAAAUAAAGCAUUAUAGAGAGCAAAACAGACCAAUUUAUUAUUUGGACGAAACGUGGGUCAACGCAGGCGAGGCACACAGUAGAACGUGGACCGAUACCACAAUAAAUUCAUCACGAGAUGCAUUCCUCAAGGGCCUAACCACAGGACAAAAAGAACCCUCGGGAAAAGGUAAGCGUCUCAUUGUCUUACACAUCGGGUCGACAGAUGGUUUUGUCCCGGGGGGUCUUUUGUGUUUCGAAUCAAAGACCAAUUCUACGGACUACCAUGACGAGAUGAAUGGCGAUACAUUCUAUGAAUGGUUUGUACGAAUUCUACCACUAUUAAAAGAAAACGCCGUCAUAGUGAUGGAUAAUGCUUCGUAUCACUCCGUAAAGAAAUGCAAAAUACCAACUAUGUCUUGGAAAAAAAAAGAUAUUAUCGAUUGGCUUGAAAUGAAAGGUGAAAUCGUUAACCAUCCAAUAGUCAAAAAUGAUUUAAUAAUAAGAGUUAAAAAAAUAAAAAACCAAUACGACAAGUACGUAAUAGACGAGUACGCAAAAGACAAUGGCAAAAUCGUAUUGCGAUUACCCCCAUACCACUGCGAGCUAAACCCUAUCGAGCUCGCGUGGUCUUCUGUAAAAAGCUAUGUCCGGACACAUAAUAAUACGUUUAAAAUAAAGGAUGUACUGGAGUUAUUAAAAAAAGGCGUGGAACAUGUGACAGCGGAAAUGUGGACGAAUUUUGUGGGACAUGUCGUCAAGGAGGAAGAAAAGUUUUUGAACAUUGAACAUAUAACAGAUGAAGUAUUUGACGAACUUCCCGAAGCAGAAGGACGUCAUAUCAUGACGAUAACAGGUGAUACGAGUUGUUCGGAAUCAGACUUCGAUUCGGAUUGAUUUCUUUGUAUUUUAUUUUUUAUCAUUCGAAUAUUUUUUUAUUAUAAUUUUUUUUUUUUGUAAUUUAAUGAUUUUGUUAUGUGUAUAAAAAUUAUGUAAUGCACAAUUGGACAUUUUUGUUAAAAUAAAUAAAUGCAUAAUUAAAAUAUUGAUAUUACACACA